AUGGAUAAGCUCGUAAGACCUGUUUUCACCUUAGAAUUGAAUUAUAAAAUUGUGCCAGGCCUAGUUACAUUGGGUAAAUAUGAUGGCACACAUCCCUGUGUUACUGCAGCUACUACUACAGAUAAGGUUCUUAUACAUAGCCCCCAUAGGAGGAACACUUCUAGCUCUGGAAGGUUACAACAAUCGGAAAGUAACAGAGAACUUGCAACGUUAAAUAUCAAUCAUACCAUAACAUCAUUAACCACCGGACAGUUGCUACCAAAUGAUGAGAAAGAUAUUUUAGUUAUAGGUACAAGCACUCACAUACUUGUGUAUCACGUCCAUGAUAACAAAGACGUCUUUUAUAAAGAUUGUGAAGAUGGAAUCAAAUCUGUCACUAUUGGAUCGUUUGGAGAUAGUAAGUCACCUAUUGUCCUGGUAGGAGGAAACUCUUCAGUUCGUGGUUACGACCAUACAGGAAACGAAGUAUUCUGGACUGCAAUCGGAGACAUUGUCACAUCUAUGAUAUUAAUAGACUAUAACAAAGAUGGGUUAAACGAGUUAGUUGUAAGUUCAGAAGACUUCUACAUUCGAGUGUUCAAGGGAGACCAAGUCAUAGCUGAACAUGUUGAAACAGAAGUGGUGACAAAUUUGAUGGUUUUACCAGAAAAUCGAUUUGCUUAUUCGGUUUCAAACGGGACCCUUGGUGUGUACGAACAAGAUGUAAGGUUGUGGAGAGUUAAGUCAAAAAAUUUCGCUAUAGACAUGCGUGCAUACGAUUUAUUGGGUCAGUCUUCGAUGCAGUUGAUAACAGGAUGGUCGAAUGGCAAAAUUGAUUGCAGGGCUAUUAAAACAGGAGAAGUACUGUUCAAAGAUUCCAUGAGUUCCGGUAUUUCGGGUAUUGUUGAGGGAGAUUACAGGUCCAUAGGGAAGGCAGACAUUAUCUGCGUCGCCAGCGAAGGAGAAGUUCGUGGUUACACAACUACAAAAACCUUGUCUAGUAGUGUAGAUGGUUCUGGAAAUGAACAAGAUAUAGUAAGAGAGCUUCUAGCUCAAAAACAGUCACUAAUUAUGGAACUGAAACACUACGAAAACAAUAUGAAAUACAACGAAAAUGCUGUCAAUGAAACUGAAAGUUAUGAAAAUAGUGGCGUAAUACCAGCUUGCACACGAUUGCAAAUUGCUAUUAAUACUAAUGAUGCUGCUACCAAGCCUCAUAUUGAGGUCUACAUAUCGACCAACAACUCCACCAUAAUAAAGUCAGUGAUAAUUUUUGCUGAAGGCAUUUUUAAAGGUGAGACACACGUGGUUCAUCCACCUCUGUCCAAAUUGAGCUCAGAGCUGUCGAUACCGCUGACAUUGCCUAAGGAUAAUCCUGUGGACAUACACAUUAAGGCUUUAGUUGGAUAUCCGAAUAGUAUCCAGUUCCACGUCUUCGAGAUAACCAGACAACUCCCGCGUUUUUCCAUGUAUGCCCUUAAAGAAAUCAGCGAACAAGUUAAACCAGAGGGUUCUGUACACUUCAAAGUGAAUGACCGUCUGCAGAGGAUAUGCAUGUGGAUCAAUCAAAACUUUCUGUUCCCCUCUGACGUUGAAUUUGACUCAGGUCCCAAUCUGACUCUGAACUUGAAAUGCCUACGAGACGAUUCUCCCUUGGUGAUGAUGUUUGAAAUAUCUGGUAAAGUAACCAUUUACACUAACAACAUGUUUUUGGCUGCUGAUCUUGUGCAGUCGUUGGCGGUUUAUUUGAAUAUUGAUAAUUUGGAGUCGAGAGCUUCAUUUCCAAAUGAGGAACAAAAUCUGAAGGCAUUGAUGGAGAAGCUGACUGACAUACAGGAUGCUCGGCUGAGAUUAAGCACAGAUGUGGCUGAUAGGUUGGGACAAAUUAGGAAUCUUAUUAUAAGAGCAGAAGACAGUAGACUGAAUGAUAUAAAAGAGAUGCCUGUGUAUUACAAUGAGCUGAACACUGUCAAUAAGGAGCUCAUAAAUGGGUACAAUAUAAGAUUGCAAAACUAUAAUGAAGGCGUAGAAACUAUGAAAAAAAUUAAUGCAAUCAUUCAAAAGGCCUCUAGAUUACGAGUUGGGCAGAGGUCGUCUAUUAUGAUCAGUCAUUGUCGGAAUGUUAUAGAAACUAAUAACACCGAGGGACUAAUUAAAAUCAUUCGUACUGGUGAAUUAUAAGCGGAUACUGUUAAUAAUAAAUUUACUACUAUUUUCCAGUUUUAUUUUCUACAAAAUUUAAUGUAAGUUUUA